CAUUUUAUAAAGUAAAUUUUAAGUAAGGUGCGUUUUAUUAACUUAUAAAAAAUGACGACUAAAGUAUCACGAGAUUAUGUUAAAGACAAAGAACAAAUAAAGACCUUCUUCCUGGAAUUUGUGACAAUGGAUGAUACAGGAAAAAAAACCUUCAAAUAUAGAGAUAUGCUUACGAAAAUAGCACACCGUGAACAAAUUAGCUUCGAAAUUGAUUUGGAUGAUUUACACUCGUACGAUGAUGAAUUAGCCAUGUCUAUCACUAAUAAUACAAGAAGAUAUACUAAUUUAGUCCUGAAUCUGGUUCAAGAAAUGCUGCCUGACUUCAAAGAAGGAAUUGUUCUGCCUAAAGAUUCCUUGGAUGUAUACACAGAACAUCGAUUAUUAUUGGAAGCACGUAAUAUAGCACCAGGUGUUCAAAAUGCUGCGAAAGUUAAUUAUGCUCCUGAAUUGAUGCGACGUUUUGAAGUGUACUUCAAAGAUUUCUCUGAUGCAAAGGCGUACUCAGUAAGAGAUAUUAAGGCAGAUAAGAUAGGGAAAUUAGUAACAGUUAGAGGUAUUGUUACUAAAGCGACCGAAGUAAAGCCGAUGAUAGUUGUGGCAACGUAUACAUGUGACGAAUGCGGUUCGGAAGUGAGCCAGCCAGUACAUUCUUUAAGUUUCAUGCCUAUACGAACAUGUCCAAGUGAUGGAUGCCGCGUAAAUAAAUCUGGUGGCAGGUUGUAUUUGCAGACAAAGGGCUCAAAGUUCAUCAAAUUUCAAGAAAUAAAAAUACAAGAACACAGCGAGCAAGUUCCAGUUGGCCACAUACCUCGAUCAUUGACUAUCUUUUGUCGAGGCGAAACAACAAGAACUUGUCUACCUGGGGAUCACGUCAUUGUGACUGGUGUAUUUUUACCUUUUCUAAAAACAGGUUUUAGUGCUAGAGCAGGGCCUGCACUUUCCAGCGAAACUUACUUGGAUGCCCAUAAAGUGGUAUGCCUGAAUAACACGGAUAUCGCAGACGACAGUAAUGCAGAAUUGACCGAUGAAGAAUUAGGUUUGCUUAUGCAAGAUGAUUUUUAUAACAAGUUGGCUUGUUCUUUAGCCCCUGAAAUUUAUGGACUUGAAGAUGUUAAGAAGGCAUUGCUUCUGCUUCUGGUUGGAGGAACAGACAAGAAGAAAGGCGAUAUUAAAAUUCGAGGCAAUAUUAAUAUUUGUUUGAUGGGAGAUCCUGGCGUCGCAAAGUCGCAAUUAUUAUCCUAUAUUACGCGAUUAGCUCCAAGAUCGCAGUAUACUACAGGACGAGGAUCAUCCGGUGUGGGUUUAACCGCUGCUAUCAUGAAAGAUCCUUUAACAGGUCAGAUGGUAUUGGAAGGUGGAGCUUUGGUAUUGGCAGAUCAGGGAGUGUGUUGCAUCGAUGAGUUUGAUAAAAUGGCAGAUGCGGAUAGAACGGCAAUUCAUGAAGUGAUGGAGCAACAGACCAUAUCUAUUGCUAAAGCUGGAAUAAUGGCCCGUUUGAACGCCAGAGUUUCUAUAUUAGCCGCUGCCAAUCCGGCAUAUGGCAGAUACAAUCCACAGAGAACAGUCGAGCAGAAUAUUCAAUUGCCCGCCGCAUUGCUGUCACGAUUUGAUUUGUUGUGGCUUAUUCAAGAUCGCGCAGAUCGAAGUAAUGAUCUUAAACUCGCGCAACAUAUCACAUAUGUUCAUCAACAUUGCUCGCAACCUCCGACGGAAACAGAAGCUAUAGAUAUGAAAUUGAUAAGAAAAUACAUAAAUUUGUGUAAAACGAAAGAACCUGUUGUGUCGGAAGAAUUAACAGAAUAUAUUGUAGACUCUUACGCGGAAAUGCGGAAAGAGGCGCGUAACAGCCACGAUAAAACAUUUACUUCCGCUCGAAAUCUACUGGCUAUCCUUCGGUUGUCGACGGCAUUAGCACGGUUACGAUUAUCGAAUGUAGUUGAUAAGGAUGAUAUAACAGAAGCAAACAGAUUAGUAGAGAUGUCCAAACAUUCAAUUAAUUACUCCGAACAACGCACCAAAAACGUGCAACAAGAUCCGAUCAACAGGAUCUUCCAACUAAUACGAGAACUUGCUGGCGAUAAAAAAACUGUUAAAGUGUCUGAUAUUCUGGAGCGAUGUACGAGCAAAGGAUUUAAACCUGAUCCAAUAUUUAGAUGCAUUGAAGAAUACGAAACGUUAAAUGUGUGGCAGGUCAAUCAGACCAGAAGAUUAAUCACUUUCAUUUAA